UGGACCAUAGAAAUAUUGUCACGGAUAGUAUUAAAUGUGCAGGCGCCUUUAGCGUGAGAAAUGAAAGAAAGAAAGAGAGCGCCUGAAGAAGCGACUAGAGGAAACAGAAACAAGAAUGUGUCAUGCAAGGCCAUAGUGCUGGAUCGGGGUAUGGUUUUGCAAAGAAACAAAUUGCAUGGCGUAAGAUGAGUGAAUGAGAGCCACAGUAGAAGCGAAUGUUCUGAGUUGACGAAUGGAGCGAAGACCGAGUUUUCCCAGGAGUAAGCUAGCCGACAGCAACUCCGCCAUGCUCUCCGCUCAUCCUCUCAUCGACAUAGCGCGUUAUGCAUUCGUCGCAGCAGUGUGUUGGUCGUGUCUGCGCUCAGUUUUCCUCGUUUUCGGGACACGAAAUAAAACCAAAUGCUUUGUUCGUUCGAGUCAAGCUUUGUUUUUGCAGAAGCAGCAGGCUGCAUUAACUUUACUUCACCAUCCGUGCGCAAUUGCACAGAAAAGCAGACCUUUUUCCAAGGUCCGGCCGAAAGCGUGCCAGAUGCGACUCCCAUCAAAGUGUUCAUCUCUCUCUCUUCCCUACGUCUGUAUCUUCCUGAGCGUCUUUUCGACCUCAACCACCGCUGUCUUCAUCGCUGCCGCCGAGUCAGACUUCUCUCUCCCUCCUUGCCCCAAGGACUGGAGUCCCAAGUUCGGCCGUGGUCCGGCCUGUCACCCUGUUAUCAGGCGAACUGAUGUUGAGCUGCCUGAUUGUCCUAAAAACUGGAAUCCAAGAUUCGGGCACGGAUUCAACUGCAAGUCGAUUGCCAAGCGUGACAAGAGCGGAAACGUCGACCCUACUCCUGAUCCUGCUCAAGAUAAUGACUUGAACCUCAUGCCCUGCCCCGAGAACUGGAACCCUAAGUUCGGUCAUGGCCCGGCCUGCAAGCCUGUUACUAAGCGUGCUGAUGGCGAGAACGUCGGCCAUGCUCUCACUCCUAUUCAGGGUGAUAAUGGUGACAACUCGAAACCGCUGCCUUGCUCCAAGAACUGGAGCCCCAAAUUCGGACGUGGCCCUGCUUGCCGCCCCACAUAUAAUGAUUCUACUAAAAAAUCCCAGUAAUAGGGUGAACAUAAAAGCAGCACUAACGCGGCCUUUCGGUGGUCGCGGCAUAAUUUAACACACUCAUACAUGCACACAUCCCAUAUUAAUCUCUCUCAUUAAGCAUGGCAUAUCCAAUCAUUCAAUAAUAAAGCUGUUUCAAGUGAAAUCUACGCUCUACGGAUCCGGCAAAGCUCCUUAGCGCUUGAAUGAUGCUUGCCAACGGCACCUUGUAUUGUUUGUACUGUUUCUCGCAUAGUUGGCGCGUCUACUCGCUACCAAAUACAGCGCAGUAAGUUGAUUCCAGGCCGCAAAAUAGCGCCGAAAACAGAUCAAUACCGCAUAGUAG